AACCAGACGUUCGCGGAACCCUAAUUCGGAUUUUUCCCGCAACAACCCCGUUUCACGCAACCACGAAGCGCCCUCUAUAUUGCGGCAUUUCCGUCCCGAAAUCUAUCUUUCCCAGUGUGCGAUCCUGUAUAGGUGCCCGACUUUAUCGUUAAGUCGCUACGAGCAGCCAAGGCGCAAGCCCCUCUUUGGAGAGAGUCGUCUGAGGGGCUCUUAUUGAGCGCACGCUGACGUGCCUUUCGUCGACGCUCCAGGGUUGCGCUCCUUCCCUGGUCGUCUGUUUCAUCCCAAUCCUCUUUUGCGUGUCCGAAGCAGCGCUAGCCCCCCUUAUCAGCAUUCGCCCCUCCGGACCCCUCUGAUCGUGUCGUACUUCCGUUGUUGUGAGCCUUGUCGAGUGCUAUUCGCUGCGACCUUGCUGUGCUACUGUCUGCGUUCGCCAUGUCGUACGACGAGGUGGAGAUUGAGGAUAUGCAAUGGAACGAGGAUUUGGGGGCGUUCACCUAUUCCUGUCCUUGUGGCGACCUCUUCCAGAUUUCCCUCGAGGAGCUGAAGAACGGAGAGGAGAUUGCAAGAUGUCCAAGCUGCUCUCUCUACAUCACAGUCAUCUAUAACCCCGAGGACUUUCAGGGAGAUGGUCCUGGGACAGUGGGGCCUAUACGUGCAGAGGGUGUUUUGGUGGCCUAGUUGGCAAGGUUCUGUUGUGUCUAAGCUUGUUUCUCUAGGCCUUCGCAUCUCCAUUUGUUGGUGUGAAAGACUCAAAUGUCCUUCAAUAUCAGCGUUUCCAUUUGUUAAUUUGUAAAGAAUCAUAUGAC